UUUAUUACAAACCCUUUCUUCUAGACUUCUUCUCGUCCCCAAUUGAACUACAAACCCUAAACCAAUCCACAAGAUUUUGAUCCUAAAGCUAAUCUUCGCCAAUUCUCAUUUUAUCUCCCUAAAAUGGAUCAACGUGUACACAUGGAUUACUUGGACGUUGCAUGGAGAGGCUACAAGGAAGAUAAGAACACGUCUCUAUUCUGCGAGACACACCCUUUCACGUUAAACUCGCACGGUGUAUGGGAGAGAUUGGUUGACAAGUCACGAGGGUUGAGCUUCUGGGAAUAUCCGCUACCCAAUCUCGAGAUCAUAAUAUUGUCUACUUUUGUUCUUUGGCGUCUCUUCGAAUUCUCAUGCAACAAAAUGGGUCUUCGAGUACCUAGAUUCACUCAUAUGAUGAUUGCAGGGGUGAUAUUAGGUAAAACUUGUCACUUAAGCAGCACCUCUUGGCUCCAUAACAUAUAUUUCCCUGAUGAUAGCCGACCAAAGAUCGCCGAGACACUGGGGGGUUUCGGGUUCCUUUUAUAUUGGUUCCUGAAAGGUGUUACAAUGGAUGCUGGAACGGGAUUGCAGAUGGGAAAAAAAGCUAGUGUGAUUGGGUUCACCACAAUGUUCGUACCCUUGGUAUGUGGGAACAUCAUGUUUAGAUUGAGAAAACGAAGAGGCCAUAUAACCUUGCUGACAACGGAAUACAGGUUGCUCAUGUUCUUGCAAAGCAUAUCCGCGUUCACAAGCAUUGACACACUCCUAAGAGACCUCAAGAUCAAACACUCGGAGUUUGGAAGGAUAGCACUUUCGGGUGCCAUGGUGACUGACAUGAUGGCUUUUAUUGCAACGUUUUUGAAUGCCAUGCACUGGGAAGGAUAUGAAGGAUUGGUCCAAACCAUAUUUAGCUGCUUCUUUUUCGCAUGUAUGGUAUAUGUGGUGAGGCCAGCUAUGUAUUGGGUGAUCAAGCAGACUCCAGAAGGGAGGCCGGUCAAGGAUAUUUACAUCUACUUGAUUUUGGCGCUCGCUUUCUUCUCUUUCCAAUAUUUUAAGAUGAUUGGUCUUUUUGGACCCGCAGGAUCAUUUGUUCUUGGCUUGACUGUUCCCCACGGAUAUCCUUUAGGUUCAACUUUUGUUCAAAAGUUUGAGAGCUUUAAUCUUGGGGUUAUAUUUCCUCUCUUUGGAUCAUUAACCAUGAUGCAACUGGAUCUCUCAUGGUUAUUGAAAGAGUGUGUAAAUCUUGCACGGAUGGAGGGCCAGCUAUAUGAGGCUGUUUCCCUUAUUCUUUCUGUGAAUGUCACAAAAUUCAUUGCUUCAACCAUAGCUGCAUAUGCUUUUAAAAUGCCCUUAAGAGACUCCUUUGCUCUAGCCCUUGUAUAUAGUAAUAAGGGGGUCUUCGAGCUCUCCUACUUCACAUAUGCCGUUGAAAUAAAGAAAGUAACACCAGAAGUUUUCACAAUCAUAGCUACGUUCAUCUUCUUAAACUCUAUCUUCAUACCAAUGGCCUUGGAGCUCGUCCAUGACCCAACCAAAAGAUUCAAAUGCUACCAAAAAAGGAAUAUGGUAAUCUUGAAAGACGGCGGAGAGCUCCAGUCUCUUGUGUGCAUCUACAAACCUGAUCACAUAACUUCUAUGAUCAGCCUUUCAGGAGCUUUCAACCCAUCAGAAUAUUCCCCAAUGGCGUGCAAUGUACUCCACCUCAUUGAACUUAUGGGUCAGGCCAGUCCUAUGUUCAUUUCCCACCAGUUGCAACAACCAGAGCCCGGAAGUAUUUCUUGUUCCGACAGUGUCAUAAGUUCAUUCCGUAGCUUCCACAAACAAUUCUUUGAAUAUAUAUCAUUGGAUAUUUUCACUUCAGUCUCUAUGUCCAAACACAUGCAUGAGGAUAUUUGUUGGCUAGCCCUAUCCAGAAGCCUAUAUCUGAUUCUGCUUCCUUUCCACCGUACCUGGUCUGUUGAUCGCUCCACAGUUAUCUCCAGCGAUGAUAAGCUGAGAAUGAUCAACAUUAACGUCUUGAGACGAGCCCCGUGCUCUGUUGGAAUCUUUAUCUAUCGCAAACCCAUCGUGGAACAUCAUAUGGCCGAGUAUCACAGCAAGAUAUGUUUAAUUUUUAACGAUGGAAAGGACGAUAGAGAGGCUUUGGCGGUAACUAAUCGAAUGAGACUGACAGAGAAGCGGAUAAGCCUCACUAUCAUAAGAUUCAUUCCAAAAAUUUCUGAAAUAGAGAACCAGUACUUGGGGGAGAACUUCCAAAUGGUUAGCCUGAAGGAGACCGUGACUAACAUCAUUGGGUUCGACGUCAAGGAAAAUGAUGACUAUGUGACAUAUAUCGAUACAACGGUUUCCGAUGGAUCUGAGACCUCCAAAAUCUUGCGAUCCAUGGCCAAUGAUUAUGACUUGUUUGUAGUUGGGAGAAGCAGCGGAGUGGGUACCGAGGUUACAAACGGAAUUAGUGAGUGGGCUGAGUUUGAUGAAUUGGGACCCAUUGGAGAUUUACUAGCAUCACAUGAGUUUCCUUCUAGAGCGUCAGUGUUGGUUGUACAAAAACAAGAAUACUUUCAUAGUGCCAAAAGCAAAAGAGGGUUAUCUAAGUGA